CUGCGCACCUACUGACGUAAUCACAGGGCGCCGCUGCCUCGACCUCCUUCCACUUCGCGGGAGAAGUUGUUGGCGCGAAUGGAUCCCGAGCCGCGGUAACGGAUUCCCCAGCCGGCCAGCCUGCCCGCCCUCGCCUUCAUCCUUGGGCUGCAAUGGAUAUUCGAAAAUUCUUUGGGGUUAUACCAAGUGGAAAGAAAGUUGUAAGUGAAACAGCAAAGAAGAAUGAGAAAACGAAGUCUGCUGAAGAAACUAUAAAAACGAAGAAAGGAAUAAAGGAAAUCAAGGUAAAUCAUUCUUGUAAGGAAGAUGACUUCAAGCAGAAGCAACCAAACAAGAAAAAGAGGAUCAUCUAUGAUUCAGAUUCAGAAUCAGAGGAGACAGUGCAGGUAAAAAACUCCAAAAAGCGACCAGAAAAAUUGCCACUGUCUUCUAAACCUGCUAAAAUUCGACACCAGGAUCCUGUUACAUACAUUUCAGAAACAGAUGAAGAAGAUGACUUUGUGUGUAAGAAGGCAGCCUCUAAAUCAAAAGAGAAUGGAGGAUCUCCAAAUAGUUAUCUUGGAGCAUCAAACAUGAAAAAGAAUGAAGAAAACACUAAGACACUAAACACUAAGAAUAAGCCUUUGUCACCAAUGAAACUUACCCCCACAUCAGUGCUUGAUUAUUUUGGAACUGCAAGUGUCCAAAGAUCGGCUAAGAAGAUGGUGGCAAGCAAAAGAAAAGAGGUGAGUGUUCUACAGCCUUCACAAAAUGCAGAUGAUUCCAGAUUAAAUGAUGAAGCCAUCGCCAAGCAAUUGCAACUUGAUGAAGAUGCAGAGCUAGAGAGACAACUGCAUGAAGAUGAAGAGUUUGCCAGAACAUUAGCCAUGUUGGAUGAAGAACCCAAGACCAGAAAGGCUCAGAAGGACCCAGGAGAGAGAGAGACGUUUUCAUCUAUACAAGCCAGUUUAUGUAAAGCAGAAAAACCUAAAUAUCCUCAUAAAGAACAAUUUUCAGAUGACAGAAAGAACUGCAGUCCUAAGAAGCAAACUAAAUGUGAAAGUUCAAAAGAAUCUCAGCAACAUUCCAGGUCAUCCACUCAUAAAAUAGGAGAAACUUCUUCUCCAAAAACCAGUUCCAAGCUGGCACCAUUGAAAAAAAAAGAAGAAAGUUCUAAUAAAGAAACAGAGCCUAUGGCCUCGAGAAGAAAAGAAAAUGCCGUUGAGUUAAAAGAGACAAGAACUCCUAAGAAAAUCAAAAGUUCUCCAGCUAAAAAAGAGUCUAUAAGUCCUGAAGAUUCUGAAAAGAGACGUACUAAUUAUCAAGCUUAUCGAAGCUACUUAAAUCGAGAAGGUCCCAAAGCUCUGGGCUCCAAAGAGAUACCAAAGGGAGCUGAAAAUUGCUUGGAAGGCCUUACAUUUGUAAUCACAGGAGUGCUGGAGUCCAUUGAACGAGAUGAGGCCAAGUCUCUAAUUGAGCGUUAUGGGGGAAAAGUAACAGGAAAUGUCAGCAAGAAAACAAACUACCUUGUCAUGGGUCGUGAUAGUGGUCAGUCCAAGAGUGAUAAGGCAGCAGCCUUGGGAACAAAAAUUAUUGAUGAAGAUGGCCUCUUGAAUCUGAUUCGAACUAUGCCAGGCAAGAAGUCCAAGUAUGAAAUAGCAGCUGAAGCUGAGAUGAAGAAAGAAAAAUCCAAAUUGGAAAGAACACCCCAAAAAAAUGACCAAGGAAAAAGAAAAAUUAGUCCAACUAAGAAGGAAUCAGAAUCUAAAAAGUGCAAACUGACCCCCAAAAAGGCAAGCUGUAUAAAGUCAAUAAAAAAGGAAACAAGUAUGUUUCAGAGAGGCCUGGACUUCAAGGAGCAGGUGGCUGAGGAAACAAAUGGUGACAGCUGGGCUAGGAAUUUGGCUGAUGACAGCAGUGAAAACAAAGUGGAAAAUUUGCUCUGGGUGGAUAAAUAUAAGCCAACCUCGCUCAAGACCAUAAUUGGACAGCAAGGUGACCAGAGCUGUGCCAACAAACUUCUACGCUGGCUCCAAAACUGGCGCAAGCGUCCAUCCGAAGAUAAGAAACACGCAGCAAAGUUUGGUAAAUUUGCUGGCAAAGAUGAUGGCUCCAGUUUUAAAGCUGCAUUGCUCUCAGGCCCUCCUGGUGUUGGCAAAACAACCACAGCUUCUCUGGUUUGUCAGCUGCCAUAUCUCUGGACAAUGAGAGGACGAGGCACUAGAGCCAACCAGGGCUCAUGUAUCAGGAUGGAAUUGGGAUAUAGCUACGUGGAACUGAAUGCAAGUGACACUCGGAGUAAGAACAGUUUGAAGGAGAUUGUUGCUGAAUCACUGAAUAAUACCAGCAUCAAAGGCUUUUAUUCAAGCGGAGCAGCCCAUUCAGUAGGCACGAAACAUGCUCUCAUCAUGGAUGAAGUAGACGGCAUGGCCGGCAAUGAGGACAGGGGAGGAAUUCAGGAAUUAAUUGGCCUGAUAAAACAUACAAAAAUUCCCAUUAUUUGUAUGUGCAAUGAUAGAAAUCAUCCCAAGAUUCGAUCUUUGGUUCAUUAUUGUUUUGAUCUUCGUUUUCAAAGACCUCGGGUUGAACAAAUUAAGGGUGCUAUGAUGUCUAUUGCAUUUAAAGAGGGUUUAAAGAUUCCCCCUCCAGCUAUGAAUGAAAUAAUUUUGGGAGCCAAUCAAGAUAUCAGACAGGUUCUACACAAUCUGAGUAUGUGGUGUGCACGAAGUAAAGCACUAACCUAUGACCAGGCUAAGGCUGAUUCUCAUAGAGCCAAAAAGGAUAUCAAAUUGGGCCCAUUUGAUGUUGCCCGGAAGGUGUUUGUAACUGGAGAGGAGACUGCUCAUAUGUCACUUGUGGACAAAUUAGAUCUCUUUUUUCAUGAUUAUUCAAUAGCACCCCUCUUUGUCCAGGAGAACUACCUACACGUGAAGCCUGUAGCCGCAGGGGGUGACAUGAAAAAGCACUUGAUGCUUUUAAGCAGAGCAGCAGACAGCAUAUCUGAUGGUGACCUAGUGGACCGUCAGAUCCGGAAUAAGCAAAACUGGAGUCUUCUGCCCACACAGGCCAUUUAUGCCAGUGUUCUUCCUGGAGAGUUAAUGAGGGGGUACAUGACCCAGUUUCCUACCUUCCCAAGUUGGUUGGGGAAGCACUCAUCUAUGGGCAAACACGAUCGUAUUGUUCAGGACCUAGCAUUGCAUAUGAGUCUCAGAACUUACUCCAGCAAAAGGACUGUAAACAUGGAUUAUCUGUCACAUAUAAGGGAUGCACUUGUACAGCCCCUGACCUCACAAGGGAUAGAAGGAGUACAGGAUGUUGUUGCUCUUAUGGACACGUAUUAUUUGAUGAAAGAAGACUUUGAGAAUAUCAUGGAAAUGAGCAGCUGGGGAGACAGACCUAGUCCCUUCUCCAAGCUGGAUCCCAAGGUGAAAGCAGCCUUCACAAGAGCUUACAAUAAGGAAGUCCACCUUAUUCCGUAUUCACUCCAGGCAGUAAAGACACACAGACACAGCACAGGCCCAGCGCUGGAUUCUGAAUACAAUGAAGAGUUAAAUGAAGAUGACUCUCAAUCUGAUGAGAAAGACCAGGACACUUUGGAAAUUGAUGCUAUGAUCAAGCAGAAAAAGACAAAAUCUUCAAAGCCUUCAAAAUCAGAAAAAGAGUCCAGAAAAGGAAAAGGAAAAAGUUCAAAGAAAUAAAACCAUUUUUCACUG